AUGGGAGAUUUCAAUGAGGUACGUGAUGAGUCAGAAAGGAGAAAUUCGGAGUUCAAUGCCUCAAAUGCUGAAGCAUUUAAUCACUUUAUAUUGGUUGCGGGAUUGCAGGAAUAUAAUAUGGUUGGAGGUAAAUUUACUUAUAUUUCGGAUAGAGGUGAUAAAUUGAGUAAGCUCGAUCGUUAUUUAGUAUGUCUUGGUUUCAUGCAAAAGUGGCCAACGGCGUCUGUGCUUACGCUGGACAGAGUAGCUUCGGAUCACAGACUGAUCAUUUUAUCCACGAUCCAAACGGACUUUGGUCACAUACCCUUUAGAUUUUUCAAUUCAUGGUGCGAGCUACAUGGUUUUUUGGAUUUUGUGAAUCAAGUUUGUGGUAAUUUCACUUUUAAUGUGCCGGAGGACUUGGCGAUUGCAAUUAAAUUGAGAUGGCUAAAAAAUAACAUUAAGGGCUGGAUAAAACAGGAAAGGAGUCGUACAAAAGGUGUGUACGAAGAUAAAAAGAAACGCGCGACAGUAUUGGAUAAUCUUGCAGAAGAAAGGCUAUUGUUGGAAGAUGAAUUACAUGAAAGGGCUGAUUGCAAAAGUGUUGUGUCGGAACUGGAUAGGCUGAAAUUUUUGGAUACCCGACAAAAAUCACGAGCAAGAUGGGCAGUUGAGGGGGACGAAAAUUCUGCGUUCUUCGAUCACAUUAUCAACUCGAACAUCAGCAUUAACCGAGUUAAUGCCCUGAAGGUUGACGGGGUAUGGGUGUCAAAUCCAGUAGUUAUUAAAGAAGUCUUUUAUGAAAUUUUUAGUAAACAAUUUACGGAGCCUAUGGGUGCUAGACUUGGUAUUAUGUGCCCGAACCUUUCUACCAUUUCUGAUUCGGAAGCAGUUAUGUUGGAAGCACCUUUUUCAAUUGUGGAAAUUAAAAAUGCCAUAUGA